AUGGACGGAAAGAGGGACGUGGAGGACGGCGGGGCCAAACCAGCAGCAAAGUCCCUGGAGGACGAGCUGGGCCUCGACAGCCUCACGGAACGGGUGGGCACGCAACAACGGCUGCUCGGCCGCCUGCGGCAACUCUUUGCAGAGGGGCAGUACCGCGACAUGGACCUCGAACCACCACCCGAAGACGCCUGGUACAACACGUGGCUGUAUCGCGAGUUCGUGUGGAAGCGACCACGGUGGCUGGCGGUGCUGCUGCCCAUCGUGGUGGUCUGGGUGUCGUGGACCACCGCCAUGACCGCCCUCGACGAGUUCCACCUGUUCGAAGACAAGUACUUCAUGACCAUCACCAUGCUCUUCGCGAGCAUGGUGGCCGGCGCGACGUCGGAGGGCGCGUCGGCGGUGGCCUUCCCCGUGAUGACCCUCUUCUUCAAAAUCAAACCCUCCGUGGCGCGAGACAUGUCGCUGAUGACGCAGAGCGUGGGCAUGAACUGCGCGGCGUUCACAAUUUUGUAUCAAAAGAUCCGGAUCGAGCCCAACGCGCUCCUCUUCUCGUCGUGCGGCGGCGCGUUUGGCGUGGUCGUCGGCCUCCAGUGGGUUGCGCCCAACCUGCCUCCCUCCGAGUCCAAACUCAUCUUUGUCAGUAUCUGGCUGGGCUUUGCGGCGGCGCUGUUCUGCCUCAACCUUAUCAAGGACAGGGAGGUCCACUUGGUCAUCCAGAACUUCAAUAACUGGCGCGCGGGUGUGCUGAUGUUCUUCGGCUUCAUCGGUGGCGUGCUGACUGCCAUAUUCGGAAGUGGUCUGGACAUCUGCACGUUCAGCGUGUUGACCCUUCUGUUCCGAGUCUCGGAAAAGACCGCAACGCCCACCACUGUGGUGCUGCAGGCGUGGAACUGCACCGUCGGCAUGCUCGCCAAAUUCAUUCUCAUGGACGGCAUGGAGCAGGAGGCUGUGGACUACUUUUGGGUGAGCGCAUCGAUUGUGUCGAUUGGCGCGCCCAUCGGGUCCUUCCUCAGUUCGUUCGUUCACCGCAUCAUCCUCGGCAUCUUCCUCUACGUGGCCGACGUCGUCCAAUUCGUGGCCGCCCUCAUCAUCAUCCCCCUCAACAAACCAUUGGUGAUCCUGGUGCUGGGCAUCUUGACGCUGUCGUUCGGCGUGUUCUUCGGGAUGACCAAGAUGGGCGACGUGCUCAUGCGCUACGAGAAGAAGCACUACGGCCGCGACCAGGCGUCCAACAUGGACGACUCCGGAGAGUACCAGAGCGAGGAGGAGAAGACCAAGAUCCUCAAGGUGCAGCCUCUCUACAGCCAGUCAGGCUGA